CAAAAAAGAAGAAAAAAUAAAAGAUUAUAUUACCCCUGAAAUAUGUAAUCAUCAAAAAGUAUUUGUUUGUAUAAAAAUAAAUGAUGAACAAAACGACGAAUGUUAUUUGUCAUCAUUUGUUUCGACAAACAUUCAAUCAAUAAUGAAUUUAAAUACUUUUAUGAUGCUCUCGGUAUUCGAGAAUAUUAUACAGCCAUCAUUAUCAUCGGCGAUUAAUGGGCAAAGAAAAAAUCUCAUUUGGAAUGAUGAAUUUGAUAAUACAGAUCGAUUGAACGAUAAUGAAUGGAUCUAUGAACAACAUUGUGGCCGAUUUAAUAAAGAGCUACAAUGUUAUACUAGACAUCGAACGAAAAAUGUACGAAUUGAAAAUGGCCAUCUUAUUAUUGAAGCAUGUGUGGAACCAUUUAAUGGUUAUAAUUUUACAUCUGGUCGUUUAUUAACACGAAAAGCAUGGAAAUAUGGCCGUUUUGAAAUUCGUGCUCGUAUGCCUUAUGGUUAUCAAUUAUGGCCAGCCAUUUGGAUGUUGGCCAAACAUGAAACUUAUGGUGGUUGGCCAACAAAUGGUGAGAUUGAUAUUGCCGAAAUUAUUGGCAAUACAGCCGAUUUAAUGUCAUCCAGUGUACAUUAUGGACCAACUGAAAAAACAAUGAUAUCAAUGACAAGUGGUGUGAAAAAUUUUUCCAUUGAUCUAAGUAAAAGCUUUCAUUCAUACACAUUGGAUUGGACAUCAAAACAAUUAUUGUGGCUAUUGGAUGAUCAACCAUAUUAUUCAGUCAAUUUAGAUCGUAUGAUGUGCUGUAAUGAUUCUAAUAUAAAAUCACCAUACAAUAAAAAAGGACAACCAUUUGAUCAGCCAUUUUUUCUCAUACUAAAUGUUGCUGUUGGUGGUACAUUUUUUGGUCCACCACCUUAUGUUACACCGGAACAAGCAAAAUAUUGGCGAAAAAAUACAAUGGAAAUUGAUUAUAUAAGAAUUUUUCAAUGAAAAAAAUAAAAAAUUGAUUCAGAUUUUCUUUUAUUUAUUUA